GACCGAUUGGCAUUCUGGGUAAUGUAGUAUCGCUCGUGGCUGUUCCGGAAGCUGAUGUACAGUUAAAAAGGUUUUUGCUCUGUAUGUGAGAACAUCAACUAUCAGAACACGAUAUUGCAGGAAGACUACUAUUUGCCAUUUACACCAAAGAAGUAAAGAUUACACAUUAACACGGCAGUCUGACUAAUAAUCAGCAUGACUUGGUCCUGUUGGACAAGCAUCUCAAGAUCGUAUGUCAUGUCUUCUUGUCAUACCUGUGCACGAAGACUACAACAGUCUAACUUACAAAGACUGUAUUCAGUAUUUAUUCGGUAUACUCCUCGGAGGCCAAGUUAUCUGACUUUGAAACAGCCAGAGCAUGGUAUCAAGAACCAUAAUCCCUUCACUCGGAGCCAGGAGGAAGCGUGGAGGAAGAAGAAUAAAACUGUACUCACAUAUAUAGCAGCUACAGCAAUUGGAAUGAUUGGCAUGUCGUAUGCGGCUGUACCUCUCUACAGACUUUAUUGUCAGGCUACAGGACUGGGAGGGACUGCAGUAGCUGGUCACAAUGUGGAUCAAGUAGAAACCAUGGAACCUGUGAAGGAUCGAAUCAUUAAAGUCACUUUCAAUGCAGAUGUCCAUGCCAGUCUGCAGUGGAAUUUCAGACCUCAGCAAACUGAAAUCUAUGUUGUUCCUGGAGAAACAGCUUUGGCAUUCUAUAAAGCAAAAAAUCCUACUGACAAACCAGUCAUUGGAAUUUCUACUUACAAUGUAGUACCAUUCGAUGCAGGACAGUAUUUCAACAAAAUACAGUGUUUCUGUUUUGAGGAGCAACGGCUGAAUCCCCAUGAAGAAGUGGACAUGCCAGUUUUUUUUUAUAUUGACCCUGAAUUUGCAGAAGAUCCAGGAAUGGCACGAGUAGACACAAUCACUCUCUCUUACACAUUCUUUGAGGCAAAGGAUGGUCAAAAUCUACCUUUACCGGGAUAUAAUUAACUAAAAAUUACUUUUGAAGAGCAAAUUAAUUCAGAAUAUUAUGUUGAUUGACAGUGUAUCAGAUGGUUGCACCAGUAAUACUCAAUGUUGUGAUUCACGCAAAAUAAAGUAAUAACAAACAAUAGUUUCAUAGGCAUACAAGACACAAUGGAUAGAAAUCAAAAUUAAGGAUCAAAGAAUAAAGACUAUGGAAAACGUGUAACCAAGCUUGAAAUUCAAAGGAAUUUCAAAUGCUUUCCAAGAUGGUAACAGUCCAUCAUACAAAUAUUUUGGUAGGGAGUUGGGAGGUUGAAUGUUUCUCUCUCUUCACAGCUCUUGCCAGACCUGCUGAGUUUCUCCAACAUUUUUUGUUUUUAUUUCAGAUCUCCAGCAACCGCAAGACUUUGCUUUCAUCUGGUUGGGACCUCUGAUUUUAGUCUUGCAUUCAUGCAUUAAUAGCUUUAAUUUCAAUUAGAAAGAGUUAAAACAUUUCUGUUUUUCCAACUCAUCAAUGUAAUGAUAAAGAAGAUCUGUGCCUCUGGAUAUCAUUAGUGUAUUUCAUAAAUAUACAUCCUAACCAUGUACUUCCAAUUAGAAACGAAUAAAUGGUUUUGACAUAGCAAACAUUUACUGAGCUAUGAUAUAAAGUGACCAAAAUUGGGAACUAUAUAGUUCAGGAGUCAUGACUUUUGAAAGAAUUAGGCAAAAUGGAAAAGGUGGAGGGUUACCCCUGACAAUGAAGGGAGGGGUUGAAACCACAGUAGAGAGAAAGGAUCUUGGAACAUCAAAACCUAGAAUCAAUUUGGGUGGAAUUAAGAAACAAUAAAGGUCAGAAAAUGAAUGUAAGUAGUUUUGAGACCCUAAUGAUAGUUGCAGUGUUGAACAGAUUAUAUAGAAGGACUCGGAGCAUUGAGCAUAAUAUAUAGUAGUUUGCAGAUAAUACAAAGGCAGGAGGAAAGAUAAGCUGUGAGGGGAAUGAAAAAGUUUGCAAUAGGGUAUGAAUAGAUUAAAUGAGAUGGAGAAUAACAUAACAAUGGAAUAUAAUGUGGAGAAGUGGGAAAUUAUUCACUUUGGGAAAGUAGAAAAGCAGAAUAUAUUUUUAGUGUUGGUAAUCAGAUGGAAAUGAGUGGCCUUGUACACAAAUCUGAAAGUUAACUUGCAGUUCAUUAAGAAUCAAGACAGUAUGUUGGCCCUAAUUAUAAAGGUGUUGGAAUAAAACAGUAACAAAAAAAUACUGCAAUUACACAGAACCUUGAUCACACUUGAAGUAUUUUGUGCAGUUUUGGUCCCCUUGAAUAAAGAAUAUAUUUGCCUUAGAAAUGGUUGUAACCAAGAUUCACUAGACUGACUGCUAAGAUGAACUGUCUACUUAAUUUCUCCCUAAAGGACAAAGAUUGAAUUCUCUAAAUUUUACAUGAAUGAGUGCUCAUCUGAUUGAAAUAUAGAAACUGUUUAAAAGGUUUGACUGGAUAGAUCCUAGGAGAAUGUAUUGCCUGGCUGGGACACCUAGAUCUGGGGGACAUGGUCUCAGAAUAAGUGUCAACAACUUAUGACUCAAAUGAUAAAAAAAAAAUUCUCACUCAAAUGACUAUGAAUCUUUGGAAUUAUUUAUCUAAGGGAGAUGGAAAUCCUCAGUUGUUGUGUAUGUUCAAGGCUCAGUUGAGCAUUUAGGUACCGAGGGGUUGAAAGGCUUUGGAAAAAUAUAGGAAAAUAGAAUUGAGGCAGAAGUUUAGCCAUGACCUCAGCAAAUGGUACAGCAGGUUCAACGGAAUGAAUUGCCAUCCCUUGACCCAAAACUUCCAUUUUUAGAUUUUCAAAAUGCUGUGGGCAUAUUAAUAUUUUUUAUAAUCGUAACUGAUGUAUGCAUUGUUUGCUUUUAAUGACCUUAAAUCUCCUUGUCUUAACUGAGAUGAUUUUGAGUAUUACACUGUAUUUACAUGUUCUAAUUAGACUGAUUACCUUUUCAAGUUAUCAAGUGGAGCAGUUUGGGUAGAGAGAGAGGAAUUAUUUCUGUAUUUGAAGAGUCUUAGACUAUAUCUCACAGUUUAAAAAAAAGGUCUGGCCUUUCAAUAAUGAAAAUACACAUACACACCAAGAGUGAUAGAAUUUGGAACUCUACCACAAACAGCAAUUGGUGCUGGAAGGUUUGUUAAAUUUAAAUCUGAGAUUGGGGUAGAUUUUUGUUACCCAAACUAAUUAAGGGAUUUGAGGCAAAGAAGGUUGUAUGGAGUUGUGUUACAAAUAAACCAUGAUCUUGAUUUUU